AUGGCUGAAUCCUUUCCAGUACACCCUCUCGAGGAUGAUUUUCCACUGGACAUCAUCUCCCACAUCAUCUCCGUCCCCCCAUACCGCGAAUACCCACAGGCCAUAAUUGACGAGCGAAAAGGUGUUCGCAUUGCAGUGAAGCAAUACAUCCCACGCCAAACAGCAACCCCAGCCACCAACGACCCAAUCACCAUCAUCGCAGCAGGCGGCUUGGGCUUCUUUAAAGAACUGUACGAGCCGCUCUUCGCAGAAAUAUGCCUGCAAGCCCAGCAGUCCGGCGUGUCCAUCCGCGCAAUCUGGAUAGCAGACAUGUUCAACAUCGGCGAAAGCGCACAAGCCAAUAAAAACAAUCUAGGCUGCGACCCUGCAUGGCUAGACCACUCGCGUGACAUGUGGAGUAUGAUCAAUCAUUUCCAGGAGGAAAUGCCCAAGCCGAUUGUCGGGCUUGGGCAUUCGAUGGGGUGUAACCAGCUGGUUUGUUUGUCAGCGUGGCAUCCAACGCUGUUUCAUUCUUUGGUGUUCGUCGAGCCUGGGAUUGAUCUCCAGUAUGGAGGGCCGAUGGUUUGUCCGUGGAGGUUUCAGACGCUGCAGUUGAAGGAGUGUUGGGAGGAUCGGGGGAAGGCGGAGACGAGACUGGUUCAGUUUCACAAGGCCCAGAAGUGGGACUGCAAGACUUUGGCGCGGUUGAAGCAUUUUGGCAUUUUGAGGGAUAGGGAUGGGGAUGGUCAGGGAUUGGAUUGGAGGUUUGCGACUUCGAAAUACCAGCUUGUUAGUUUGCUUGGUCGCCAUAAUCCGCUGCAGAUUGGUCUCGGGCCGGGUGGUAUUGAUGAUAUAACGCUUGAACAACGACAGUUGAUCCCUGACUGUGAUCCGGAUGCCUGGAAUGAGGGUUCCUUUUAUCUGGCUGAGCUGAAACUGGCCUGGGAGGUUCUACCAAGUGUGCGGCCUUGGGUUUUAUAUGUUAAUGGAGGGAAGUCUCCUGUCUUUGGAUGUCCACGGACUCGCGAUGAACGGGCUAAACGAACUGGAACUGGUGUUGGAGGUAAUGGUGGGUUGAAGCUUGGGGCUGUCAAGCAAGUGAUUGUCGAUGAUGGUGAACAUGGCAUGGUGUUUGAUCGGAAUAUAUUCACCGUUACAAGUCAUGUUGUCCGGUGGCUUGUCAAAGAGUCUGAGCGCUGGACGAGCGUUCACAAGAAUCAUUUGGAUACUUGGCAACAGAAGAGCUUGGAGGAGCAGCAGUGUGUUGGCGGGGAAUUUGUUGCUGCUGUAAGCCUGCUAAUGCAACAGAAGAAGAUGGCAAAACUAUAG